AUAUACAAGAUGAGUAUACAGAGGCGGGGCCACAUUAGGGCUUCUGAGCAAGUGCCCAUGUCGCGGCAUCGCUCCUGGCUGUACUCCUUCAUGAAUUCGGUGGAGACGAAUCGUUACCAGGAGUCGCACAGGAAUGUGCUGGAGUUGGGGUCCACUUCCACGUUGGAGGAUUUGGCACGGGCCACCGUCCUCAGAGAAUUGACGACGCGGGACGCCAAGGCGAUGGUGACCGACAUCCUGAAGGAAUACUUUGAUAAAGAUAAAGGCCACGCCUCGGUUUCCUCCUCGGAGUGCUCGCUGCAGGACAACCUGUGCGAGUCCCUGAACAUGGAUCCCCGCCUCAAGCUAUGGUACGACACUCUCCAGGACCGCGCCAUCGUCCAGGCGAAAAUUCAGCGAAAGCUGGGUCGCCGACCCGACGAGAUGCUGAUCAAUCUGCCCACCACAGUGGGCGCCCGGGACAAGGGCACUGUGAACCGGAUCCUUGAUCUCGCCAAUCGCAUGAACCCCACAGCGUUGGCGCAAAGGAAGCCCGUCGAGACCCCCGCGCAGCCCGACGCACAGCAGUGCCUGCCGCCGCUGCAGGAGACGCUGCCGCGCGCCGAGCAGCUCGGGAAAGUACGGCCCGAGAUCAGUGCCCUGACCAAGUCCACCAAGGAGGAGAUCAUGGGCAAGACGAUUCACCCCAAGAAGAAUCCCGCCCAGUGGCAUAAAUCGAAGGUCCUGGAUGCGCGGAUCGAGCGCCAGAGCGAGGACAUCAAACGGAUAAUCGACCACUUUCCGGAGCUGGAGAAUCUGGAGGUGGUCGGCUCAUGCAUGCAGGAAGUAAUAUUCCGUAACGAAGCCCGCGGCAGUGAUGAGGGGGAUAUCGAAAAGUUAUCCAUGUCUUCCAUGUACACCAUUAGCAGUACCAGCCAAUCUCCAGUGUCUGAGGAGCAAAAAGAGCCAACGGACCUCCAGCCAACUUCGGAAUUGGUUCAUCCAAUGAAAGGGGCCGCUGUCAAGAUUAACGGUGUCCUCUACUACAACUCCGCCCGCCGAUGCCCAACACCGGAGGUGGCGUCCCUGUCCUUUGAGUGCCACCCCUACCAGAACAAGGUCAUGGACUUUCUGCGCAUCGAGAACGUUGGUCGCUUGGUGAUAACAUGCCAAUGGAACAUGCAGGAUCCGGGGAAGCGCAUUAGCCAGGCUUUCGCGCCGGUGGUAUCCCUAGACGCGUUCCUCAUAGGAGAGAUGGCCUUUACUGUUUUUCCGGGCGAGGUUCAUGUCUGCCGAGUCCUGUACCGACCACGUGAGUGCCAUUUGAUACGCCUCCGCUAUGAGCUCCGCAUCUUUCCGAAUGUCCUGGGCACGCUGCGCAGCUGCUUUGUGGUCCGGCUGAUUGGUAAAUGUGUGCCGUCGCCGGUGUACACGGGAAAGAUCAUACGGCAGAAGGAAAAAGUUCUCAGCAAGUCCAAGAAAAAGAUGACCGAUACCCUGACCCAGGAGCAAGCUUCCCUGGUGCCGCUGUUGCAGCCGCACGAAGUAGUGUGUCCCUACGAACGGGUCUUCGACGAGCGGGAGGUCUUCAACGCCGAGAACCCGGGCUACCGGUGCGAGCGGUUCGACGACCUGGAGACCCUGAAGGCUCUCCACCAGAAACUGAAGAAACCACGAGAGCCGGCCUGGGAUCUGCGUCUGGAAACCAUCCGGGAGGUGAUCCUGCGUCAGGCCCAGCCGAGCGACAGAGAGCUCUACUUCGGCCAGCUAAUCAUGGUGGAGGAGGCCAUCAAAGGGGGCGGGGCCGGUCCUGCUGGAGAUGGAGAUAUGGUUUCGCCCGCCCGCUUCGGACGGAAUACUGAACGGGACCGGUCCCGGUACAUCUAUGUGCGCGGCUGCAUCGGCAACGGUAUCCAGGAGUGGGAGGAGAUGAUGGCCUCUAUGGAGCUCAGUGCCCUCAAGCUGGACAUCACUCGAUUCCAGGCCAAGCGGCUGGAAGCCGAAGAGAAUGGGGAGGACGAGGACGAGGACGAUCCGCCGGAGCUGAAGCCUUGGAUGCAGAAGCUGCGACGAGAGGAUCCUGCCCUGUAUCUUCUCAAGAAGCUUCGCUCUCGGAAGACCUACAGGGACUCGCUAUACAUCCAGACCUAUUCGCACCUGUGCGACCUGGCCGAGACCGUGGUGUCCGUCAUCGAAAGCACCCAAUACGUUUAAUGUUAGUUCCGUCCAAAUUCCGUGAUUGUCCAAAUCGAAUGUGUUUGUCUAGCUUUAAGUUCUAUUUUGUUUGUCGAUUCUCUUAAAGUCUAAAUUUCAAGUUUGCCAAUGUGAUACAAACAAAAUAAAACUUACAGAUCCCCAAGGAGGGUCUAUUGAUUCGGAAA